UUGGGUCUCCUUGGGCUUGCCUAGCCCUUGUAGUGUCAACAAGUGAGCUGGGCAUGCUCAGUGGGCAGGGUCGGUUUUGGGGGUACAAGUGGGAAGCCUUCUGCUCUGCAGCCGGGCUCUGCUUCCCGGACCUGUACAAGGCUGGGCCCCGGGAGCCGGUGCUCAGCAUCCCCCCCACCCCCACCCCGGUGACAGGGCUUGGUCUUCCCAGCGGGGUCAGAGGGCCUGGCGAGCUUCCCGAGCACGCGGGGUGGGAGUGGAGCGGGCCUCAUUCUCUGGCGGGGUCCCAGGGGUCCGCUGGCUGUUGGACGCGUUCCUAGGCCGGGCGAGGCUGCCGGCCUCGGCCUCGGCCUCGGAGCGCCAAGCACCGAGGAGCUGGCGUGUGGCGGAGACGGGGAAUCAGGUUAAGAAAUGGCAUUUCACAAGGUGGUGAAAGGGACUGUUCUUGUUGGAGGAGGUGCUCUUGCCACUGUUUUAGGACUCUCACAGUUUGCUCAUUACAGAAGGAAGCAAGUGAACCUGGCCUAUGUGGAAGCAGCAGAGUGCUUUGAACCUGUUAACAGGGAGCCUCCUUCCAGAGAAGCUCAACUCCUGACUUUGCGAAACACUUUGGAAUUUGAUAUCCUUGUGAUUGGAGGAGGAGCAACGGGAAGUGGCUGUGCGCUUGAUGCUGUCACCAGAGGACUAAAAACAGCCCUUGUAGAAAGAGAUGAUUUCUCAUCAGGGACCAGCAGCCGAAGCACUAAAUUGAUCCAUGGUGGUGUGAGAUAUCUUCAGAAGGCCAUCAUGAAGUUGGAUAUUGAGCAGUAUAGGAUGGUAAAAGAAGCCCUUCAUGAGCGUGCCAACCUAUUAGAAAUUGCUCCCCAUUUAUCAGCCCCACUGCCUAUAAUGCUUCCAGUUUACAAGUGGUGGCAGCUACCUUACUACUGGGUAGGAAUUAAGCUGUAUGAUCUGGUUGCUGGAAGUAAUUGCCUGAAGAGCAGUUAUGUCCUCAGCAAAUCGAGAGCUCUGGAACAUUUCCCCAUGCUCCAAAAAGACAGACUGGUAGGAGCAAUUGUCUACUAUGAUGGACAACACAAUGAUGCACGGAUGAACCUUGCCGUUGCCCUCACUGCUGCCAGGUAUGGGGCUGCCACAGCCAAUUACAUGGAGGUGGUGAGCUUGCUCAAGAAGACAGACCCUGAGACGGGCAGAGAGCAUGUGAGCGGGGCCCGGUGCAAAGAUGUCCUCACAGGGCAGGAAUUUGAUGUGAGAGCAAAAUGUGUUAUCAAUGCUACGGGACCUUUCACAGAUGCAGUUCGCAAAAUGGAUGAUAAGAGUGCUGCAGCUAUCUGCCAGCCCAGUGCGGGAGUCCAUAUUGUGAUGCCUGGUUAUUACAGCCCCGAGAGCAUGGGACUUCUUGACCCAGCCACCAGUGAUGGACGAGUUAUUUUUUUCUUACCCUGGCAAAAGAUGACAAUUGCUGGCACUACCGAUUCACCAACUGAUAUUACACAUCACCCUAUUCCUUCAGAGGAAGACAUCAACUUCAUUUUGAAUGAAGUGCGUAACUACCUGAGCUGUGAUGUUGAAGUGAGAAGAGGAGAUGUCCUGGCAGCUUGGAGUGGAAUCCGUCCACUUGUUACAGAUCCCAAGUCUGCAGACACUCAGUCCAUCUCCCGAAAUCAUGUUGUUGACAUCAGUGAAAGUGGCCUUAUCACAAUAGCCGGUGGGAAGUGGACAACUUACCGAUCUAUGGCAGAAGAUACUGUGAAUGCUGCAAUCAAGGUUCACAAUUUGAAAGCAGGACCUAGUAGAACAGUUGGACUUUUUCUUCAAGGAGGCAAAGAUUGGAGCCCCACACUGUACAUUAGGCUUGUCCAGGAUUACGGUCUUGAAAGUGAGGUGGCACAGCAUCUUGCUGCUACUUAUGGUGACAAGGCUUUUGAAGUGGCCAAAAUGGCAAGUGUGACUGGAAAAAGGUGGCCUAUUGUUGGAGUACGACUUGUAUCAGAAUUUCCAUAUAUUGAAGCAGAGGUGAAAUAUGGAAUUAAGGAGUAUGCCUGCACUGCCGUGGACAUGAUUUCACGCCGCACUCGCCUGGCUUUUCUCAAUGUCCAGGCUGCAGAAGAAGCCCUACCCAGGAUUGUUGAACUGAUGGGCAGAGAACUGAAUUGGGAUGAGAAGAAGAAAGAGAAAGAACUUGAAACAGCCAGAAGGUUUCUUUAUUAUGAAAUGGGCUAUAAAUCUCGAUCAGAACAGUUAACAGAUCGCUCUGAAAUUAGCCUACUACCUUCAGACAUUGACAGGUACAAGAAGAGAUUCCAUAAGUUUGACGCAGACCAAAAAGGCUUUAUUACCAUUGUUGAUGUUCAGCGUGUAUUAGAGAGUAUCAAUGUGCAAAUGGAUGAAAAUACAUUACAUGAAAUUCUGAAUGAAGUAGAUUUGAACAAAAACGGGCAGGUUGAGCUCAAUGAGUUUUUGCAGCUGAUGAGUGCUAUUCAGAAAGGAAGGGUAUCUGGAAGCCGGCUUGCUAUUCUAAUGAAAACUGCAGAAGAGAACCUCGACCGAAGAGUUCCGAUUCCUGUGGACCGUAGUUGUGGAGGAUUGUGAGUCUGACCAUCUACUGCCAACAAAAUUAGGAGCAACAAAUCACCAUGUAACAACCAGAGAGGACUUAAACCACUCUAAAAUAGUGGCUAUGGUAGCUGCCUUUUUUUUUUUUUUAAACACUGGAAAACAUUCCAAAACAUUAGGAUGUUGGUAUAUUUACCAGCCUAACUGAAUGAAACUUUAUUUGUAUGUACCAUUCAAUCUGGCUUUUAAAAAGCGUACUUUCUCAUUUUCAGUGCACAUUGAUUUCAUGUUUUACAUCCAUUUUGUGACCUGUUAGACUUGAUGCUCUCCCCUUUUGAUUUUUCAUGUAUUCUAAAUCAGUUCUAGAAGCAGAAUGUUUUGGCAGAAAUUGAAGAAAAUAGCUGGAAAAAUUUUGUGACAUACAUAAAACUCUGAACAUUGAGUUUGUGGAUACCAUUUAUUCUUAAAAAGAGUGACCUAUUGAAAUGAUACCCCCUUUCUUCUUCCAGCUUGUCUGUCUUCCUUUUCCACAGUUGCAGGAUUUUAUAUCUUGAGUGUGACUGGCAAAACUGGAGAGGAAAGAAAAAGUUUAGAUCUGGUUUAGAUCUGGUUACAAGUCUCAAAGUGAAACUCUGAAAGCUUACAGAAUCACAGGUAGACAAUAAGGAUAGCACUGGCAUUUGCUAGGAGUUACAGUGAUAGUUUCAUCUCAGCAGUUCAUUUUUUUCCCUAGUCACUGCUAGUUUUCUUUGGCUGUUAUAGUUGCCAGGAAGAUCCUAGAUUUUCUUACUUUAAAACAAGCAUUUUAAGUGGCAAGUUGGAUGCAAUAGGACAAGACUAUAUCUUCCCAGUUUUUACAGUGUGAUACAUUUAAGGGUUAAGAACAUGCGUUUAUUAAAUUCACAUAUAAUGCAAUUUUCCACCCCCCAAUCUUAAAUUUUGGAGCAGGUGAUAUUGUCAAACUUGAUCUUUUUAGAGAAUUAUUUAUCAAUAUAAAUGAGAAUAGAAUAGACACUGAUUUUCAUUAUAUGUAAAAUAAGGUACCACCUUUCAAUAUCAGAGGGUAGUCAUGCUGCUUAAAGUCUUUCUCCUUCUGUACUCUGUGGAAAAAUUCUCAGUUGUACAAAAAUAAACAAAAUAAAACAAAAACCACCCCAACACACACAGACCAAAACCAAAAAUCAGUGUGCAUUGAAUUUAACAAAUAACGAGGUGAAUUAAAAAUUCCAGUUUGGAAAGCUUUUGCUGUAUUUUGUUGGCAUUUUAACUAGUCUUCUUAAUAUUUACUAAUUGUGCUUCCUAUUUUGAAGCUAACUAUAACUGUCCUUUUUUUUUAAAGAUUAGGUUCUAUAGGUCAUAGAAAAUAAAAGGAAAUAAAACCACUUUAUCUUAUGGUAGGUUUUCAUUGCACAUUGAGGUCUUAUUUUUUAAACGGGGACAUAAAACACUUUUGUGCUAUAAUUUCUAUUUAUGUCAACAUUGUAGAAUAUCUGUAUGCUUCACUCAGGUGGGAGAUGAGCCUGCAUGUUGUAAUAUGAGGUAGGAGGUUCACCAAACCAAGGCCCCACCCACGACCUCUGAAGUUUAGAUACCACUUCCUAAAGGAAAACCUAAAAGAGUGAGUGAUGCUCUCAGGUGUCACUGUGAAUUUUUUUUUCUUUCAAAGUGUGAAUUUUUUUACUUUAGCUUUUUUUUUUUUUAAAUAAAUGGAAGCAUGUGACUUUGCAACCUAGUGUUUUUCUACCAAGACAAUAGAUUUCACUGUUUAGAGCCCAGUGAUACUAAAUAGAAGAGCUGUCCUUUAAAACAUCUAGAUCAUGUACCACAAUACUGUACUCUCUCUCUCUUUUUUUCUAGUUAGAUCAAGAUAACGAUGACUUAUGUCCCCUCUGAUUCUGUUACAGUAGGGACUGGGGUCACAAUGUGACUGGCUUGGGCAAAUCUGUGUUUUAAAACAGGCCUUGAUUGUGCACGUUUUGCUACGAAUGAAGUUCCUUUAAGGACAAAGAAAAGUGCACUUGCCUUCAUUUUAGAGUGUCUGAUUUUGCUUAAAACCUGCAAAUUGUAAAAUAUAUGCUCCUUCACCAAUCCCAGAGGCUCAGGAAAUGAACUGGUUUCAAGCUCUUUCUGUGAAUAAAGUACCAAGCAUCAUUGUGUAAGUUCUUACACCUGGAAAGCUUCAUCUGAUUUAAGCAAAAGGGAAAGAAAUGAGAGAAUAAGCUCCUUCAAAACCCAUUCCAAGCACAAAACAAUGUGUUUUUUUUUUCCUUUUGUAUAAACACGAUAUGAGUUGAUUCUGAUGGGGUGGGUGUGCAGGGGUUGCCUUUUAUCACCAAGUGAUUUAUUUCAAGGGCCUUUGGGGGGAUUCAGUUGAAGGAACCCUCAUCUGUGCUAGAGAGUUGGCCACUCCUUUAAAUAGCUCGCACCUCAAUCAUAACAGUAGUGGUAAUGCUGUAUUAUUUAUCAAGUGAAGAUUGUUUUCCUUGUAUCCAUUGUGCUUAAAUGUUCUUGCUUUCAAUCAAUUUAUACUGAAUCCAACUUUAGGAUUUCUACUAUUAAAUGCACACUUUCUAUUCUGCAUUAGUUUCUGGCUUUGUUUUGUCUGUUCAAAAUGUGUAGUUUCCUCUUUUGUACCACAAAAAUUUCAGUCUGACUUCCACUAAAUAUACUGUAAGGAUCAUCCUUGAUUUUAUUUUCCUCUUUGUAUGCAAUUUGUAAAGAGUUUUUGCCAUAUGACUAUAAUACUGAAGUCAGUGAUUCUAACUUGCACUGUUUUGCAUUAUGUUAACCUUUUUAAGGGAAUUAAAAAUGCCCUACUAUGUUUUCCAAGAAUAUCAAACAUAAGCAAGCCAAGUACUGGAGUGGAUAUAUACACUGCAUGUUUUUAUGUGUGGCACUUUUAUGUAUUGUGUUGGGUUAUUGUUCUAGAUUGGACUGUUAAAUGCUAUGUUUGAGGCUGGGUUGUCAUUUUUAUAACUGUCUUGGUGUUUUAUCACCAUUAUUUAUUACUUUUGAUAUACAGAAUGAGCUGCAUGCAUUUAUAGAGCAAUAAGAAGAUAUAUUUAAUGUGCCUUGUUUUUAACUGAAUAAGAACUGAAAGCAUGAAUCAAUAAAACUGAUUGAAAUGGUCCAUUUGCUGGCAUUUUGAUGUUAUGUGCAGUCAGACAAAUAACUUUGAUUACUGUUGAAGUUCUUUAAAAAGUUUGAAAAUAUCUCCAGAAACUGUAUUUUUAAUGACACAUGUUCUAUUAGCUUGGAAUUUUGUGACUUUACCUCAAAAGUGAAAUAUCUACAUAGAUAGAUGUAAUUUCAUGAGACUAUGAGAAUUAUUUGCAUUAAUUUGUUACUGCAGCCUUUAGAGCAUGACUUCUGUAUUUGUGCAAUCCUAUUCUAAAAUUACAUUCAUCCUAUUACGA